UUGUCAAAUGACAUAAGUCACGUGACCACAAUCGACAUUGAGAAAAGUUUGUGGCCACGAGGUUUUGAUUUCGAUCAAAUUUGAUUUUCCGGCUGAAAUAAGUUUUGAUUUGGGUUGUAAUUUAAAAUGCCCUCAAGUAAUCCCUUGCCGCCAAAGGAAAAUGCCUUGUUCAAAAGAAUUUUGAAAUGUUAUGAACAUAAACUAUACAAAAAUGGAUUGAAAUUUGCCAAACAAAUACUGUCAAAUCCAAAAUUUACAGAACAUGGAGAAACUCUUGCAAUGAAAGGAUUGACCCUGAAUUGUUUAGGAAGAAAAGAAGAAGCUUAUGAAUAUGUUAGAAGAGGACUUAGAAAUGAUUUGAGGUCUCAUGUAUGCUGGCAUGUGUAUGGAUUACUACAGAGAUCGGACAAAAAAUAUGAUGAAGCUAUUAAAUGCUAUCGCAAUGCUCUAAAAUGGGAAAAAGACAAUAUUCAGAUUUUGAGAGACUUGUCUCUUCUGCAAAUCCAAAUGAGGGAUCUUGAAGGUUAUAGAGAUACAAGGUAUCAACUUUUGAUGUUACGUCCAAUUCAAAGAGCCUCAUGGAUUGGAUAUGCUAUGUCUUUUCAUUUGCUUGGAGAUUAUAGAAAUGCAAUUAGUAUUUUGGAAACUUUCUUAGAUCAACAGCCAAUUGUCAACAGUUUCGAUUAUGAGCAUAGUGAACUACUUUUGUAUCAAAAUAUGGUGAUAAGAGAAUCUGGCGAUCUCAAAGAGGCUUUAAAACAUUUAGAGAACAAUCAGAAUCACAUCGUUGAUAAAUUAACCCUCAAAGAAACUUUUGGAGAACUCUUCCUUCUUUUGUCACAAUUCAAUAAAGCCACAAAAUGUUAUGAUGACCUCAUCAGAAGAAAUCCCGAGAAUACUGGUUAUUACAAAAAAAUGAUUGAGGCCAAACAGAUCACUAGUUCUGAAGACAUUGUAAAGUUUUACAAAGACUAUAAGGAAAAAUAUCCAAGGUCCAUGCCACCAAAGAGAUUACCUCUGGUUUAUGCAUCUGGUGAACAGUUCAAAAUAUUGGUAGAUGAAUACAUGCAGAAAGCUUUGUCCAAAGGAGUACCGCCCCUCUUUGUAGAUCUCAGGUCUCUUUAUGAGGACAAGAGUAAAGCAGAUAUUAUUGAAGAGUUAUGCUUAGGUUAUAUUGAAUCCCUUAAGAAGUGUGGGAAGUAUAAUGAAAACUCAACCAAUGGUCCUAAAGAACCUGCAUCAGCCUUAUUGUGGGUUUAUUAUUACAUAGCACAACAUUAUGAUUAUUUUGAUAAAACGGAAGUAGCAUUGAAGUAUAUAGAUGCUGCAAUUGAGCAUACUCCAACUUUAAUUGAACUGUAUGUUACCAAAGGAAGAAUACAUAAGCAUGCUGGUGAUCCACAAGAAGCAUAUAAGUGGUUGGACGAAGCUCAGCAACUCGACACAGCAGAUCGUUACAUUAAUUCAAAAUGUUCCAAAUAUAUGCUAAGAGCGAACAAAGUAAAAGAGGCGGAAGAGACUUGCUCAAAGUUUACUCGUGAGGGAAUUUCUCCUAUGGAUAAUCUAAACGAGAUGCAGUGUAUGUGGUUCCAGACUGAAUGUGCUUUGGCUUAUCAAAGAUUGGGAAAAUACGGGGAAGCUUUGAAAAAAUGUUUCGAAGUUGAUAGACAUUUUUCGGAAAUUAUCGAGGACCAAUUUGAUUUUCAUACUUACUGUAUGAGAAAGAUGACUUUGCGUUCCUAUGUUGGACUUUUGAGAUUAGAGGAUGUUUUACGUGGGCAUCCGUUCUAUUUCAAAUCUGCGAAAUGUGCUAUAGAAGUGUACCUACAUCUGUUUGAUGAACCUUUGAAGGACGAAAGUGCAGAGCAGGAAUUAAAUACAGAAAACUUAGCGCCUUCCGAAUUGAAAAAAUUGAGGAGCAAGCAGAGGAAAGCUAAAAAGAAGGCAGAACAGGAGAGUGCUCAAGCCAAGGAGGCCCAGAUAAAAAGGGACCAACAUCACAAGUCCAGACAACAAGGGGAUGUUGAACCAGACGCACCUCAGUUGGACGAAUUAAUACCAGAAAAAUUGGAAAGGGCGGAUAAUCCAUUAGACCAAGCCAUAAAAUUCUUGCAACCAUUGCAGACUUUAGCAAAUAAUAGAAUAGAAACACAUUUAAUGGCUUUUGAAGUAUACUAUAGGAAAAACAAAGUGCUUCUUAUGCUGCAAUCCCUGAAACGGUGCUUCAGACUGGACUCUGAAAACCCAAGACUCCACAGUUGCCUGAUUCGCUUCCACAAGGUGUGUUCCAAGAACAAGAGUAGUUGGGACCCAGCCGUAAUCGAAGUCGUAGAGAGAGAAACCAAAGAAUUCUUCGGUGAUAAGAACGCCAAAGUUCUGAACGCCGAUUUCCUGAAGCGUCAUUCCAAGAGUUUGGAGGCCGCACUGGAGGGCGCUUCUAUGAUGUAUUUCUUAGAUGAGAAGACGCAGAACGCUGCAAUCAAUUUGGUUACAUGCAUGGACAAUAAAAAAUAUACUGAUAUCAAUUUAAAGAAUUGUACUAACGUUUUACAAUCAUUGAGAAAAGGAGCUUUUGGUAGCUGUGAAUCCCAGGUAGAGGACUACGUAAAUAAGUGUAACAAACGUUUUCCUUAUGCUGCCGCUUUCAAACCACCUGUUCAAGAGACGAAAGAAGCAACCCCAGAUAGCAAUCAUGUAUCGCAAGAUGAAAACUGCCACAGUAACUGAUGUUUGUUCAAGGAGGUUUUUAAUCACCAGGGAGCGGUUCAAAGAUAUACCAAUGACAGAAUAGUUGCAUCUUGCUAUUUAUUGCGGGUCUAAAGAUGAAAUGGAUCUGCUUUCAUUCUGUAAAAUGAGAUUUGAAAUAUGGCAGUUCUGAGAAUGUAGAUCAUAUAAAAAUCCAUCUUGUAGCUUUAUUUAAUCUUCCAACAUUUCCUUCUAUACCUUUUCUAUUGUCGCUGCUAUUGAUAAACCAUUUAAUCUCAUUUUACCCAAUUGAAACCAGGUCUACGGGAUCGCUUUCUGGUAUUGUGUAGAUAUGACAUUAUUUUUUUCUUAUUUAGUGUCGAAGGACUGAUAAUAAAUUUAUUCUCCAAGGGUUUUUACUCAUGAAAAUUAACCUUUAAUUAAGGUUUAAUGAAUAGAAAGACAAAGUGAGUUCUGAAGUUUUUGUAGAAAAUUAAAUAGUUGAAAUUUUGAUCUUCGGCGAUACUAAUUAUGGUUUUGUAUCUCGAAAAUGACUUACUUCAUGUUGAAGUAACCGAUGAAAUUUUUGCUCUUGGACAAAGUUUUUAAUUAAUUUAUUCUAUAAUACUAUUAAGCGAUUUGAAAAUUUUCUAUGAAAUAUUUCACUUUGUAAUUUAAUUAUUCCAUGAUCCUUAUUUUUUUUAAAUUGAUUGCAGAAAGAUAUAUUACAAGAAAAUUGUACAGUAUUGUUUGAAAUAAUUAGAUUUAUAUUUUAUUCUUUUCAUUUCAGGUUUGUAAGAUGUUGUUGGAUAUUUCUUCCACCUGCCUAUUUGUAAAAUAAUUUUUGUUUUAUUUUAAUCUUUUUGUUUUCAUGAAAUAAAAAAUUACAAUUGAACUACUCAA